AAAAAAGGGGGAAAAAAGGAGGAGGAGGAGGAGGGUGAGAGAGAAGCUGGGAGAGCAGAGAAAAGGGGGCACCGGUGCCCCCCCACCCCGCUUCCCUGCACGCGCUCGCCUGCCGCGGUUACCCCUGGGCUUCGUCCCUCAGUUUUCCCCUGCGUCUGGCGACCCAGCGAGGAGCGAGGCCCCGCCGGGGGCGGCCAUGCGGCGGUGACAGGAGCACGGCCGAGACGCACGGGCCCCCUCGCCCUCUCACCUCCACCCCGCUCGCCAGCUCGCCGAGGCCCCUCCGGCCUACACCCGCUUGCUGUCCGCAUCCCCCCCUCCCCGACCCUCCCCGGCUGCUCUUCGGCAGAUGGAGGACAGCAGAGUCUGUGGAGCUGACAGCUGAGUUUCCCGCAGCAGACGCGCUAGCCCGUAGCUGAGAAGCCCUGUGAGGAGCAAACACUGAGGGAGAGGAAGUCUGCACCGGACACAGUAAAGCUACAGAAGGCAAAGACAGAGCACCUGAGACACACACAGAGGAAUCAUGGCCCAAGUCGCGAUGUCCGCGCUGCCUGCUGAGGAUGAGGAGUCUUCGGAGAGCAGGAUGGUGGUGACCUUCCUCAUGUCUGCCCUGGAGUCCAUGUGUAAAGAGCUGGCGAAGUCCAAGGCCGAGGUGGCUUGCAUCGCUGUGUACGAGACGGACGUGUUUGUCGUUGGGACCGAAAGAGGGCGUGCUUUUGUCAAUACCAGGAAGGAUUUCCAGAAAGAUUUUGUGAAGUAUUGUGUUGAGGAAGAAGAAAAGGCCGCCGAGAUGCACAAGAUGAAAUCUGCACCCCAGGCUAAUCGGAUGAGCGUGGAUGCUGUCGAAAUUGACACACUCAGAAAAACGGUGGAGGACUAUUUUUGUUUUUGCUAUGGGAAAGCUUUAGGCAAAUCCACAGUGGUGCCCGUGCCCUAUGAGAAGAUGCUGCGGGACCAGUCGGCUGUGGUGGUGCAGGGCCUUCCCGAGGGCGUCGCCUUCAAGCACCCCGAGCAUUACGACCUUGCAACGCUGAAGUGGAUUCUGGAGAACAAGGCGGGGAUUUCCUUCAUCAUUAAGAGACCCUUCCUCGAGCCGAAGAAACACCUUGGUGGUCGAGUGAUGGGGGCCGACGCUGAGAGGACCAUGCUGUCUCCUGGAGGAAGUUGCGGCCCCAUCAAAGUGAAAACGGAACCCGCAGAAGAUUCUGGCAUUUCUCUGGAAAUGGCCGCUGUGACGGUGAAGGAGGAGUCAGAAGACCCCGAUUACUAUCAGUAUAACAUUCAAGCAGGCCCUUCUGACUCUGAUGAUGUUGAUGAAAAGCUCCCCCUUUCGAAGGCCUUGCAAGGAAGCCACCACUCCUCAGAAGGCACCGAGGGAGCGGAAGUGGAAGUGCCAGCAGAAGAUUCUACUCAUCAUGUCCCUUCAGAGACCAGUGAGGACCCUGAAGUUGAGGUGACCAUUGAAGAUGAUGAUUACUCUCCACCCACCAAGAGGCCGAAGAGCAGUGAGCCGCCCCCGCCCCCGCCAGUCCCGGAGCCCGUCAACGCAGGCAAGCGCAAAGUGAGGGAGUUCAACUUCGAGAAAUGGAACGCGCGCAUCACUGACCUACGGAAACAAGUCGAAGAGUUGUUCGAAAGAAAAUAUGCUCAAGCUAUCAAAGCCAAAGGCCCGGUGGCGAUCCCGUACCCCCUUUUCCAGUCCCACGUGGAGGACCUUUAUGUAGAAGGGCUUCCCGAAGGGAUUCCCUUCAGAAGGCCGUCGACCUAUGGCAUCCCUCGCCUUGAGAGGAUACUGCUGGCCAAGGAAAGGAUUCGCUUUGUCAUUAAGAAACACGAGCUUCUGAACUCAACACGGGAAGACUUACAGCUUGAUAAGCCGGCGUCAGGAGUGAAGGAGGAGUGGUAUGCUCGAAUCACCAAGCUGAGGAAGAUGGUUGACCAGCUCUUCUGCAAGAAAUUCGCUGAGGCCUUAGGAAGCACCGAAGCCAAGGCUGUACCAUACCAAAAAUUCGAAGCCCAUCCCAAUGAUCUCUACGUGGAAGGCCUUCCAGAAAACAUUCCUUUCCGGAGCCCAUCAUGGUAUGGCAUCCCGAGACUGGAAAAAAUCAUCCAAGUGGGCAAUCGAAUUAAAUUUGUUAUCAAGAGACCAGAACUGCUGACACACAGUACAACUGAAGUGACUCAGCCGCGGACGAAUACCCCAGUCAAGGAAGAUUGGAAUGUCAGGAUCACCAAGCUCCGAAAGCAAGUGGAGGAGAUCUUUAAUUUAAAGUUUGCUCAAGCUCUGGGCCUCACGGAGGCUGUGAAGGUGCCGUAUCCUGUGUUCGAAUCCAACCCCGAGUUCCUCUAUGUGGAGGGGCUCCCUGAAGGGAUCCCCUUCCGAAGCCCCACCUGGUUUGGGAUCCCACGCCUUGAGAGGAUUGUCCGUGGCAGCAAUAAGAUCAAAUUUGUUGUUAAAAAGCCUGAACUAGUUGUGUCCUACCUGCCUCCUGGGAUGGCCAGCAAAGUCAACACUAAAGCAUUGCAGUCCCCGAAACGACCACGGAGCCCUGGGAGCAACUCCAAGGUUCCUGAGAUCGAGGUCACUGUGGAAGGCCCCAACAACAGCAGUCCUCAGACCUCGACAGUUCGGACUCCUACCCAGACCAACGGCUCAAAUGUUCCCUUCAAGCCGCGAGGGAGAGAGUUUUCCUUUGAGGCCUGGAAUGCUAAGAUCACAGACCUGAAGCAGAAAGUGGAGAGCCUCUUCAAUGAGAAGUGCGGGGAAGCGCUUGGCCUUAAGCAGGCUGUGAAGGUACCGUUCGCGUUGUUCGAGUCCUUCCCAGAAGACUUCUACGUGGAAGGCUUGCCCGAGGGCGUGCCCUUCCGAAGACCGUCCACGUUUGGCAUUCCAAGGCUGGAGAAGAUACUCAGGAACAAGGCCAAGAUAAAGUUCAUCAUUAAAAAACCUGAGAUGUUUGAGACGGCCAUCAAGGAGAGCACCUCUUCCAAGAGCCCUCCAAUUUUGCUUUCAGGGAAAAUAAACUCAUCACCCAACAUUAAUACUACUGCAUCAGGUGUAGAGGACCUGAACAUCAUUCAGGUGACAAUUCCAGAUGAUGAUAACGAACGACUGUCCAAAGUUGAGAAGGCCAGGCAGCUGCGGGAGCAGGUCAACGACCUCUUCAGUCGGAAGUUUGGUGAAGCUAUUGGGAUGGGCUUCCCCGUGAAGGUCCCCUACAGGAAGAUCACUAUCAACCCGGGCUGCGUGGUCGUCGACGGCAUGCCCCCGGGGGUGUCCUUCAAAGCCCCCAGUUAUCUGGAGAUCAGCUCCAUGAGGAGGAUCUUAGACUCUGCUGAGUUUAUCAAGUUCACUGUCAUUAGACCUUUUCCAGGACUUGUGAUUAAUAACCAGCUGGUUGACCAGAAUGAGUCUGAAGGCCCUGUGAUCCAAGAAUCAGCCGAGACAAGCCAGUUGGAAGUUCCAGUAACAGAAGAAAUGAAAGAGACAGACGGGAGCUCACAGAUCAAGCAGGAGCCGGACCCCACGUGGUAGACAGACCAUGGCUCUCCAGGUUCAGCUUCCAGCGUGAGUGGUGGAGAAGAGCUCUGGGACCCGUUCCUGCCGGCUCUGUAAUAUACUUGUAUAACAGAAAUACCUUCUAUACAAACCUUCUUUUCUACUUUUAGAUAGAAAUGUCUACUUUCUCAGCAGUUCUGUGAAUUGAGCUAUGCAGCGUGGUGAGAGGCGCGUGCCUGGCUGGCUUGGGGAUGCACUAGAAGGAUUUUGCAGCAGUGCUGGAAAGAGGCAGGGAUGGCAGGGCAACUCUUAGGGUUUCCGUAGGCAUUGGGCAGAGCCUCGGGCUGUGGUGCAUACCCGUCAGUGAGAUUGUCCUGCGGGCAUCUUGACUUCUGCAUUGAAGGAAGUCGCUUUAGUUUUUCUAUUGAAAACCAGUUCCGUGGUCUGGUGCUCAGCUGCCCCGCCUGCCCGGGGGAGGGAGGGCUUCUGUCUGUGUGUGACUGAGCCUCUUCCCAAACUCCACCAUGAUUUCUCUGCCCUCACUGCCACUCAAAGCAAAGCCGGCCAGCUCGUCUGACGGCUGGCCAGUGCAGCUGAGUGCGACUGACUGGAGAGCUUGUCCUCGUAGCCUAGCUCAGUUACUUUGCAGCAAGUAAAUUUCUGGGUGUAUCCUAGAGGUCAGGUAUGCAUGCUUGAGCAGCUGGAUGACUCCGCCCUUCCUAACAGGGACCCACAGUGGCCUGGGGUUCUAUGGCCGCAGCUCUGGGUCGGGUCAGGCUGGCCUGUGUGUCCGCCUGGUUGGUUAGUCUCUAACCACCUGUCUGGCCUGGGUGCCAGGGUGGGGAGGGAGGGCUUGGUGUCCACGCCCUCUCUGGGGUCUGUGUGGGGCUCACAGAUGGUGCAGUUGUAUAAGGUAACAGCUCUCAGCAGUUAGAGGGUGUGAGGGCACAGUUCUCAUUAGCGUCACCACGAUGUUCACAAUGGGAAAUUAUAUCACACGGUAGCAGAGAUAGGCAUUUUAUGUGUUCCUUAUAUUUUACCUCAAAUUGUAGAUAUAGGGUAAUAAAUAAAAUCCAUCCAUGCCUUUCACACACAAA